GCCCCGGGCUCCCCCUGACUCCUCCCCCCUGCCCCAGGCUCCCCCUGACUCCUCACCUCCCCGAGUCCUGCGCCUCCUCCUGAGCAGGACCGCCACCCCUGCUGACAUCACCCCAGCCUCAGCCGUCUCCAUGACUAUCAGAGAGCGAAUCAGACGCCACCAUCGGACGCUCACCGCGCUGAGGAGGAAGUCAGAAGAAAGGAACGGAGGAGGAGCGAAGAGGAUCCACAAAGAGGCUGUAACUCCUCCUGAAGGCCACACCCACUUUCAGAUGGAGGUGCAGGAGGGCGAUGAUGUCAUCAGGACUGGUGAGGAGGAGGAAGAGGAGGAGAGCGAGGUCCUCCUGCCGCUCUCUGAAUCUUCACCGAGCUCAACGGGAAGUGAUGUCGGCAUCAACCCAGAGGAGGCGGAGCCAGAGAGGAAACAGGAAGUGACAUCGACGGCGUCCACCACAGAAAACGAUGAUGAAGAGGCUCCACAUCGGACUGAGGAUGAAGAGGCGUUCGCUGAAGAUUACCUGCUCAGAAUGUGUGACGCGGUGCAGGUGUGUCCGGGGAUCCUGGAGCAGCUGCUGCAGGUGUUGGACCGGUGCUCCUCCUCCUCCUCCUCCUCCUCCUCCUCCGCUGAGCGUCUGUUCGGCGCUCUGAGUCGUGUUCUGCGUCCGUGGCCUCAGCUGCUCAGAGACUUCGCCGCCUUCCUGAACAGACGACAGGCUCGCCACUGUGGACUGCUCACUGAGCAGCGGUUGUUCGAACGCAGCCGGCGGUUUCUGCGGCGACUGGGGAGGAGCCUGGGAGAAGACACCUCCCUUUUCCAGCAGGUGGUGUCAGUGCUGCAGGGAAGCCCCGCCCCCCCAGCUGAGAACCUGGUGAAGGUCUCGUCUCUCCUCAUUCUCCACUCCGACCUGCACAAGGAAUUCUGGGACUUUUUCCAGCAGCUUCACGACUCAGAAACGGACUUCACGACCCAGAAUGCAUCUCUCUGCGCCCGAAUCAGGCAGCAGGCGGCGGAGGGGGCGGAGUCAGAGCCACCGGUCGGCGCCAGAAACAUCUCGAUGACGUCGACGGGAGAGAAAGUGGUCGUUUGGACCCGCGAGGCGGACCGCUCCAUCCUGACGGCCUGUCAGCAGAGAGGAGCCAAUCGGAAAACCUUCAGGCAGGUCUCCGCCCACUUGGGAAACAAGACCGCCCAACAGGUGAGCCUUCGUUUCUCCGACCUGAUGAAGCUGUUCCACAAGUCCACUUCCUGUUCCUCAGAGGGACGGCCAAUCGGCAGCCAGGAAGCAGCUCUGGACUGAAGGCAGGACCAAUCACAGUGGAGCGCUCACUGGGCGGUCCAGGUGGUCCUGCUAGAACCAGUUCACCGUCUUUAUUUUAUUUGUAAUUACUCUCCCAUGAUGCACCAGUGAUGAACGGCCUGAACACUCCCAUGAUGCACCAGUAAUGAACGUAAUGGAGGUUGUGCCGGUUUUAAAGAUUAAUUCAUAUUGAAUGCUUCAAUAAAACAUUGUUCCAUG